AAGCCUCUUGCCAAUCCAUUUCCUGUCUUUUGCUGAAAUAUCACCGUACGUGUAGCAUUAGCAUAUCAUGUCGUCGUCGCUGCUGCAGCAGCAGCAGCAGCAGCAGCAACCGCAGUCGCCGCCGAGCUUGGUCGGGGCCUGGCUCUGCCAGAUCUCGUCGGGCCUGCGGCAGCGUGAGGCCCGCCGCCGGGGCGGCCACGCCGAGGUUGACGACGAGCAGUCGUCCCCCAAGAACGCCGCCACCGCCGCCGGGCGGAAUAAGGCGGCGAGAGAGGAAGCCAACAACAAGGCUUCAAGCACGGCGGUGACGGCGUCGUGCCGCGCCGGCGCGGCCAUGCCGGAGGCCACCGUCUGCCUGCUCCUCGACCGCUUCGCCCCCAGCUAGAGGUUUCGUCGACGAACGCACGGCGGCGAAGAGUAUAUAUGUCUGUUCGUCGUGCUGCCUGAGUACCUGAUGAUCACUGUAAAUACGGCUUGUCGAUCUGAUGAUAUUCAGAUCUUGCCUUUUCAUUUCUUUUCGAUUCCUCUUUCGAUCCGUUCUGCAGAUGUCAAGCCUGUGUACGUAAGUUGAUGAUAAAUAAAAAUGGAAAAGGGGUGUUGAACUCGA